GUGGGCUCCAUCUUCAUGCUCCAGUCCUACGACAACGAGUGCUGGGACGCGCGCACCGGGUCCGUCGAGGGCUGCUUCAACGGCAGCGUCAUGCUGUCGUGCCUUUUUGCGGUCCUCACCGGGGGCUUCGCGAUGGCCCCCGCUUUCCAGCAGCUCGGGGUGCUGAACAGGUCGAGGGUCGCGGCGAGCCGCAUGUACGCCAUCAUCGACGACCCCCCCGCGUUCGACUCCGGGUGCGGCAGCACGCUGGAGACACUACGCGGAGAGGUGGAGUUCCAGGGCGUGCACUUCGCCUACCCCACGCGCCCGGAGACGGCCGCCCUGAACGCCGUCUCUUUCAAGGUGCCCGCGGGCUCCACGGCGGCCUUCGUCGGGCCGAGCGGCUCCGGCAAGAGCACGUCCAUCGCGCUGCUGAUGCGCUACUACGACGCGGCGUCGGGAGACGUGCUGCUCGACGGGCGCGACAUCAGGUCCCUGAACCUCGGCUGGGUGCGGCUGCAGAUGGCGCUCGUGCAGCAGGAGCCCGUGCUCUUCACCGGGACCAUCCUCUCCAACAUCCUGCACGGCCGCGCCGAGGCCAGCCGGGAGGACGCGGUGAGGGCCGCGCGCGUGGCCAACGCCGACGGCUUCGUCAGCGCCCUGGAGAAGGGCUACGACACCGCGGUGGGCGAGCGCGGGGCCACGCUCAGCGGCGGCCAGAAGCAGCGCAUCGCCAUCGCCCGCGCCAUGAUCCGCGACCCGAAGGUGCUGCUGCUGGACGAGGCCACCAGCGCCCUGGACACGGAGAGCGAGCGCGUGGUCAUGGAGGCGCUGGACGCGAUCGUGGCGGAGGGGCGCCGCACCACGCUGGUCAUCGCGCACCGCCUUUCGACGGUCAAGAACAGCGACGUCAUCUUCGUGCUGGAGGACGGCUCGCUGGUGGAGAGGGGCACGCACGCGGAGCUGCUCGCGACGGAGGGCGGGCUGUACCAGCAGCUGGUGCGCCGAAGAACAGCAAAGGGACGGCGAGCAGGAGCCGCCCCUGGAGCAGCUGA